AUGGCCGCAUUUGAGUUCCUCUCUCUUCCCAGCGAGAUUCGCAUUGAAAUCUACCACCUCGCAUUUGGUCACGGCAAGGUUAUCCUCGAAGCCAAGACCGAAGACGACAGUGGAUGUCUCAUUCCGAAGGACAGCAAGGCACGAAGUCCUGCUCAGCGAUCGUCGCAAUUUCUGCGCGUCAGCCGAGCCAUCCUCGACGAGGCGCGACCGAUCCUGUAUGCCAACACGACGUUCCAUGUCCUGGCUGGUGGCUUUGCCGGGAAAUUGCCGUUGAAGCUCACCGACGGGCACGUAUUCGCGCCGUAUGUCAAGAAUCUGAUAUGGCAGAUGGACUGCGACAUGCUGAAACACCACUAUCCCGAAGAUGUGCGUUUGGACACGGCUCAGAUCGCACAGUGGAAUAGUUUCGAGCUGCGAUGUCGAGCGGAGUCGUGGAGAGACUCGUUCCUUGGCGAAUGGUGCGAUCGCGAGGCCUUUGUCGCUGGGCGCGAGCAAGUCAUCAACUAUGCCAGAAUAUUUGCGCUUGCUAUGCGUGACCCCAGCUGCUUGGAGUUGGACAUGGUGGAAGAUCGAUCACAACUCGGACGUGGUCGAGUCAUUGUGAAGCUCAGUCGAGCACGAGCAAACGUGAAGCCGGAUUCUCGUCAGACGGCAGACCAUUUGCCCAUCUUCAAAGGCGUGUGA